CUGCUGCUAUAUACUCCGUAUACUGCUACCUGGCUGCAGCAAAGGUAUUCCACUUUUAGCACUAUACAACAGUUGACGUGGCCUAGUGGUGGUGGUGGUGGAGCAUAGCGCCACGUCUACCGACGAGCUAGCCACCCCGGCCAUGGACGAGCUUGUACUCUCCCCUUCCUCCUUCUCCGCCACGGCCUGCUUCCCGACGCUUGACUUCGAGUUCUGCGAGGUCCCCGACCAAUGGCUGCUGGGACUCGGACACGACGAGCUCGACAAGGAUGCCGCCGCCUCCGCCUUGGCGGCGGCAGCGGCCUCGCAAUCGGCGAGCAACGACGACGUGCCCAGGAACCCGCCCGCCACGACGACGACGACGAAGCGGCGGGGGCGGAAGCCAGGGCCACGCUCCGGCGGCGGCGGCGCGCCCCCGAUCGGCCACGUGGAGGCCGAGCGGCAGCGGAGGGAGAAGCUCAACCGCCGGUUCUGCGAACUCCGCGCCGCCGUGCCCACCGUGUCACGGAUGGACAAGGCGUCCCUCCUCGCCGACGCCGUUGACUACAUCGCCGAGCUGCGCCGCCGCGUCGAGCGGCUCGAGGCCGAGGCGCGGAGGGCGCCGCUGGCUCCCUCCGCUGCCGCCGCCGCCGCCUGGGCCGCGGGGCUGGGCGCCGGCGCCAUCGGCCGGGAUGAUCUCGUGGUGCGGAUGAUCGGGCGUGACGCCGCCAUACUGCGCCUGACGACGGCGGCGGCGGCGGCGCGGCACGCCCCGGCGCGCAUGAUGUGCGCGGUGCGGGCGCUGAACCUGGCGGUGCAGCACGCGUCGGUGGCGCGCGUGGGCGGCGCGACGGUGCAGGACGUGAUGGUGGACGACGUGCCCGCCGCGCUCCAGGACGAAGCCCGCCUCCGCGCCGCGCUGCUGCACACGCUGCAGCUCGCCGACACGACCUAGCUCUUGCUAGCUCGAGCUGAUCAAUGGCAGUGAUACAUGGCUAGAUCGAACUAGCUAGCUAAUCUAUUAGUCCCUCUGUUUUAGGUUAUAAUACGCUUUA